AUGGACGAAUCGAAAAGCUUACCAAAGCAGAACGCCGACUCCUGGAACUCAGUGAGAUACUAUAUCGACAGUACUCUUGAUCCUAGCUUAAAACAUUUGGUAGAGAAGAUUCUACCUUUAGCAACAUAUUAUGCCUCUGUGAACGAUUUUGUAGAGGUCUACUCACGAUUUGAAUACGGCACAAUUAACCAUGCUCUUUGUGCUGCUAUACAAGUAUUCUUGAAAGAAUAUUUAUCAUUCAUUGCACAGCUUGAGCAUCAGUUUCAAACAAGCACAACAUUCACACUCCAAAAAAUAUGGUUUUACGCACAAGAUACAUUAAAGAUUAUGAAGGUUCUCCACGAUUUAUCAAUUACAAUUCGAUCAAUUCAGAUUCCACCCAAAAGCGAUCAGGAUAUUGAUGCUGUGAUAGAAGGCUUGCAACAAGAAGAAACUUCGGAUGAGCCACAAAUCCCAGUGGAACGUAAAGGCGGUGCUAUAUUGAACAUUUUAUCGGAAAGAUUAAUCGGAUUGAGCGGGGAUCCUGAUUGUAAAAAGAUUUACGCUUUCCUGCUCUCGAAGGCAUCCGUACCUUAUUUCGAAAUACUUAAUGCAUGGAUAUAUCAUGGAGAAAUCAAGGAUCCUUACAGCGAAUUUAUGGUUUUGGAAAAAAGAAAUGUGAAAAAGGAGAAUCUUAAAGAAGAUUAUAAUGACACUUAUUGGGAGAUGCGCUAUACGAUUCGUGAAGGAGGAGUACCUGAAUUUCUUGAUAAUAUGAAGAAGCAGAUUUUACUGGCUGGUAAAUAUUUGAAUGUGGUACGCGAAUGUGGUGUCAGCAUUGCAGAUCCUGAGGAAAUGCAAAAUAAAAUGUCAGGCUUGGUACAAAACCUAAGUCUUAACCCAGAAAGCGGACGAGGAAACACCAAUGGGCAAUUUAUGCCGACUAGAAGUGAUGUCUGGGUGGCUGUAAAUGGUAGCCAAUUUGUUAAGAAUCUAGAAAUCGCUUAUAAAUACGCAAAUCAAACUCUUUUAAACCUGUUAAUGAAAGACCAGCAAUUGAUUGAACGUUUACGCUCUAUCAAACAUUACUUCUUUCUUGAUCAAUCAGAUUUCCUCACAUCAUUUUUAGAUUUGGCAAAGGACGAAUUAAAGCUACCUAUUUCGAAAAUCCCACAAAAUCGUCUUCAGUCAUUAAUGGAUCUUGUUUUACGAAACCCUUCUUCUGUAUCAGCAUAUGAUUCUUUUAACGAAGACGUGAAGGUUUCAAUGAGUCCUUUACGAUUGAUAGAUCAACUUUUAUGUAUCAUCAGCUUAAGCGGUAAAGAUAAUAACGGGUCAAGGGAUGGAUCUGAACGUAGCUACAGCCUAUCUAGCAGCAUGAUGUCGUCCAUGUCAGCACUUCCAACUAGUGACCUUUCUGGAUACGAGGGGCUGGUGUUAGAUUAUACUGUCACAUUCCCACUAUCUCUCAUUAUUUCACGUAAAGCGCUUACCAAAUACCAGCUUUUAUUUCGCCACAUCUUAAAAAUGAAGCACGUCGAAGAUUUAUUAUGUAAGGCAUGGACUGAGCAGAAAAAUACUCUUUGGAAAACACGAUCAACGAACCCUCGAAUUGAACAAUGGAAAUCCAAGAUUUUCUCUCUUCGAAAUAGAAUGCUGAAAUUUGUACAACAAUUUGCUUAUUAUGUCACAAAUGUGGUGUUGGAACCUAAUUACUGUCGUUUGGAAACUCAGUUAACAACGCUUGCCACUGUUGACCAAGUGUUGCAGUACCAUUCCGAUUUCUUAGAUAACUGUUUGAAAGAGUGCAUGCUGACUAACUCUAAGCUACUUCGCGUAAGUUUUUAG